AUGGCAUACCCCUAUGGGCACCCUAAGAAGGUUGCCCCAGGGAGCAGCCGAAACGUAGCCUGCAGAGUAGCAGAGGCAGCGCUACUAGUUGUGGACGUGCAGGAGUAUUGCAGCCGGCCAGGCAUAGGAAUACACGCUGGCACAGAUCCAGAGGAUUCCUAUUUCUUCAGCAGAGUCGGCACAAUGGUGCCCAACAUCGCUUUGUUAUUGGCCGCAGCUCGGAAGUCUGGCGUUGAAGUGAUCUACACCGUGAUUGAGGCGCUCACCUUUGAUGGCCGCGACCAGUCCUUGGAUUACAAGCUCAGUGGGCCCCUGCUGGUGCCCAAGGGCCAUCCACACGCAGCUGUCCUCCCAGAGCUGCAGCCCGGAGCAGACGAGAUCAUUUUACCCAAGACCUCCUGCUCGGUGUUUUGCUCCACCAAUAUCAACUACGUCUUGCGAAAUUUGGGAACUCGCUACUUGCUGGUAUGCGGCCAGUUGACCAACCAAUGCGUGGAAUCCGCAGUGCGAGAUGCGGCGGAUUUGGGCUUUCUGGUGACAGUACCAGAGGAUGCCUGUGCGGCAAAGUCUGCAGCAGAGCAUGCUUCAGCGCUGCACAACAUGAAAGGCUUUGCAAGGAUCAUGAGCAGUCAGGAGCUACAAGCUGAGCUUUUGGCGCAGAUGGAGCAGGUGCUGCCCCCCAUCCGGCAGCGCAGAGUUUGCUACUUGAAUGUAGCCUACGACGCGACCUACGGCUCCAAAGUGCCGCAGAUGCUGCUGGAGAUGUUUGCAGACGCGAAUGCGGAAAGCUUUGAGCUCGACACAUGCAACGUGCAGGCCUUGGAUUUUCCUAGGGGCGACUACGAUGGCUUCAUCCUCAUGGGUAGUAUGUCCUCUGCUGCGGCAGGUGCCAAGCAGGAGCCUUGGCUUCCACAACUCUGCAGCUUUCUCCAGGGCCUGGUGAGAGAAAGGCGGCCGCUGGUGGGCGUGUGCUUCGGGCACCAGGCCAUUGUGCACGCUUUGGGUGGGGUAGUGGUUAUCAACCCAGCUGGCACGCAGGCGGGCUUGCAGAACUACCCCGUCUCUGAGGAUGGCAAGUCCUUGCUGAAGCUUCCAGCGGCCAACAUCAGGAUCUUUAGCCACCACGCGGAUGCUGUGGUCGUACUUCCCAAAAAUGCAAAGACAUGGGGAUACUGCAGUGGUGGGCACUGGGGGAUGACACUUGGAAAUUGCCUCACCACGCAAGCUCAUCCAGAGUUUUCAACCAAGACAGGCUUACAGACAUUGCGAGCAAUCCUUGAGAACGAUCGGAAGUUUGGCAGCUCCCAGACCAACUCUCUUCGAGAGCCAUCGACAGACGAAAUUGAUCGUCAACUGUCUUUGCUCGACACUUCCACUGACCACAAGUAUAUCGCCACAGCAUUUGCUCGGCUAUUCAACUUGCUGCCCGGCCGGAAGAGGCCACACGACAUGAGCAAUCACAGCCAGUGA